GGGGCGGCCACGUGGGAUCAAUUAUGUGGUGAUCUAGAUGCGUUGCUCUAUCGGUUACGGCACUGGAGUAUCUCAGUUAGUUUGCCUAAGAGCGAGUUCGGGAAGCGUGUCAUUCCAUACCUCUCUCAUGAGAUUGGUGCUGAAGGGAUACGUGCCACCCCGAAGAUCAUAAAAGGCAUUCAGGAGUUACCAUUUCCGUCCACCCUGAAAGGAGUCCAGUCAUUUCUAGGCACCCUGAAUUACUACCACAAAUUCAUUGAGGAUUAUGCCGUGGUAGCUGCUUCACUCUACGAGUUGACCGAUGAUCAAGUGCGCGCAGGACGAGACUUGUCUCGGGCGAAGGAAUCUUUCGAGAUCCUGAAGAAGAAGAUUGUGUCUACACCUCUACUCAGACACCCGGAUCGAACGAAACCUUUUGUGAUCAUCCCUCAUGCGAACCAGUGGGCUGCGUGCGCAGUUCUAGGACAGAUGCAUGACGGAUUUGUCCAGCCUGUUCGUUUCACGGGGCGUGUCCUGAGUGACGCCGAGCUCAAGUAUCAUAUUGCGAAGAAGGAAAUCCUUGCGGUAAUUCGAGUUCUCAAUGUGUUCAAGAACAUGAUCGAAGGAUGUCCGCUGAUAAUCUACACUCGACACUCAGUGUUGAAGUGGGUCAUCAAUUCCAAGACCGCCGAAGGCCGCCUGGUGCCAUGGGGCGUCGCUCUCUCACAGUACGACUUGGAAAUUCGGAAGGUCAGUCGAGAUGAGGAUGGCCUAGCCGUCAUUAUGGGUGCAGGCAUCACUCCCAGGGAGCAUUUGGAUGAAGUCGCCGAAGUACUCAUUCCAGCCAAGGGGCGCGUCAAACAGCCCCCAGUCGUGAGUGUCGAACUGCUCUCAGAAGAGUACGCCGGAGUAGUCCUGAGUUUCGAUGGUGCGGCCAAAACGUCCACAAGGAAGGGCAGCUGUGGAUGCAUUCUGUGGCAGCUACCCGAAUGGAAGGUUUUGGAUGCCUGA